AUGUAUCCUACCUUCCAAGUCACCCACUUCUCCGAACAAGAUUUCAAGAUGCCAGAUUUCGUACUCGUAUCUUCAGAACAGGAGCGCGCAUCUUUGCAUGGUGUCAACUCGGAGUACUACGCGAUACAAUGGUUUCUGACUCUCUAUGCCAGCGAUCUUCGACAGGAAGUGGUUCGCAGAAUCUGGGAUCGCUUCCUGGUCGCUGGCUGGAGGGUCGUCGCCCAAAUCGGCCUUGCCCUGCUGUAUCGCAUCCAAGACUCCUUGAUUCACAUGGACACUUGUCAAGCGCUCUCCUUUCUGAAGAGGUUCACCCGGAACGCGAAGUUCACCGCGAAGGAGCUUCUGGACACGGCGGCGACCUUCAAGGUGUCGCAUCGGAUGCUCUCGGCUUUAGAGGCAGCCUACGGCUGGCCCGGUGAGUCGCAGCUGACGGUCGUGAAGGACCUGAACAGCGGUCAGGUCCACUGGAUUGUGCAAGCGGUGCAGCCGAAACUGAGUUGUGCCUACAACGAUUCUCCCGAUGCGGAGUACGAGGAGCCAGCUGUGCGAUCUUUUGCGCGAGCCUCCACCUCUGGGGAAGGCGAUCGCAACUGCCCCCAAGGCAAAGUCCUGCCGUUCCUGCUGCACAACCUUGACACCGGCGAGACGACCAUGAUGGAGAAGGCGUUCUCCCAGUACAAGGGGGAGAUGCACGAGCAAGCCCGGGCCAAAGCCGGUCCUGCACAGGCCGCGCCUUCGGCGGCGGAGAUGCCGGCCCUGAGCGGGGAGUUGUCGGAGUAUUCGGACAUGCCAGCCGGCAGCUUUUGGAUGCAGACCGUUCAGCGGCAAGCCGAACGAGGAAAGAAUCAUGCUUCUCACCUACCGUACAAAGUCCGCCAGUCCGGCCUGCUGGAACUGCUCGUGGGGCCAUGUUCAUGCGGGCCUGACAUGGGUCGCAAGAAGCUUCCGCCCGAGGAGGAAGCGGUGGUCUUAGCCAAUGUCGCGGAAAGGGCAGAGCGCUACGAAGACAUGGUGGACUACAUGAAGGAGCGGGUUAAGGCCGGCAAAGCUCUGGCCCGUGAGGAGCGCGAGAUGUUUGCGGCGGCUUACAAGGGGCUCAUGGCCAGCCGACGCUUUGCCGUACGCGUGGCCAAGAGCGUCCAAGAGCAGGAGGCCGACGCAGAGAAGGAGAAGAACGCGGCCCUGGCUGCAGGCUACCUGAGCAAGGUCCGCCUUGAGCUGCAGGGCAUUUGCAUCCAGGUGCUGGAGAUCCUGGAGGGCAUCUUGCUGCCAAAGGCUGAGACGGGUGAGCCCAAGGUCUUUUACCUGAAGCUGCAGGCGGACUACUAUCGCUACUUGGCCGAGUUUCUGGAAGGAGAAGGUCAAAGAGAGGCUCUCGCCAGUGCGGCCGAGUCUUACGUGACCGCCACGGGCGAGGCUGAGAAGCACCUCAUGGUCACCCAUCCCGUGCGGCUCGGUGUGGCUCUGAAUCACGCGGUGUUCAAACACACCGUGAUGAAGGACCCUGCAGCGGCUGCACAGAUCGUCAAGGAGUCGCUGGAGCUAGCAGCGCGCAGCCUCGAGGGAAUGCCAGAGGAAGCUGUUCGUGAUGCGCAGCCACUUGUCGCCAUCAUGCAGGACAACUUGAGGAUGUGGUUGGAUGAGGCAUCGUCCUAA